UUACAACUUUCAAAAAGACAUAGCAUUAGCAUAGCAUUAGCAUAGCAUUAGCAUAGCAUUAGCAUAGCAUUAGCAUAGCAUUAGCAUAGCAUUAGCAUAGCAUUAGCAUAGCAUUAGCAUAGCAUUAGCAUAGCAUUAGCAUAGCAUUAGCAUAGCAUUAGCAUAGCAUUAGCAUAGCAUUAGCAUAGCAUUAGCAUAGCAUUAGCAUAGCAUUAGCAUAGCAUUAGCAUAGCAUUAGCAUAGCAUUAGCAUAGCAUUAGCAUAGCAUUAGCAUAGCAUUAGCAUAGCAUUAGCAUAGCAUUAGCAUAGCAUUAGCAUAGCAUUAGCAUAGCAUUAGCAUAGCAUUAGCAUAGCAUUAGCAUAGCAUUAGCAUAGCAUUAGCAUAGCAUUAGCAUAGCAUUAGCAUAGCAUUUGUGAAUAAAAUUUCUCAAAAGUUUAUUUAUUAAAAAUACAAACUAUUUCACAUUUUUACAAGAGUUUACAUCCGUUGAUUUCCACGUGGUUUAUGGAUGGCCCCUUAAAAAUUUCAAAUCGGAUUGCUAACAUCCAACUAUCAUCACUAAAAUUGUACCUUGUUAUCGAAAAUAACAAAAAACGAUUCAGGAUUUACUCAGUAAAUGCUCAAAUACCCUAGACCUUAUCAUUUUAUCAGCGUCCACUAACACCGAUUAUGCUAUAACGUAAGCGCGUUGCGCUGAUUAGAAGAGUGACAACGCAUAGGGGUGGUUUAGUCCAAAUCGACUUGGCCGGUGGGGAGGACGUCGAUUUGUAGUUCGAUGGGAAAUUGUCAGCAAUUUAACAAUAAAUCGAAUGGCACUACAAUAAAUCAUUAGCAUUUCAAGGUUAAUAAACAGACCAAACCUAAUCAUGGACCAAUCCCACCCCACAAUCAACCCCGAUCGCGACGAGUUCGAGUUCGCCGGAACGGGCAGCGAUGGCAUGCGGUACCAACGGCUGCUCGCGAUAAGCCUGGCCCUGCGGGCGACCCUCCAGGGCCGUCCCUUCAAGCUGGCGUACGAGUGGACGGCCGCGGGCAAGUUCGACGACGUGAUUUUCUACCUCCAGGAGAGCGACACGUGGUGGCUCAUCCAGGCCAAGCACACGCAAAACGUGGACGCAGUGAGUGAGGAAAUGCUGCUGAGGGACGAUAAGAGUGACUUUUCGCUGGGGAAGUAUUUGGAGUCGUUUUGUGGGGUUCGAGAGGGGGCGGUGUUGGCGGGGCGGAGGACCAAGUUUUUCAUCUUGACCAAUAGAUGGGUUGAUCGAGGUUUGGUUGGGAAGUGUGAGGAAGUGCAGCUUGACGGGUUGCUUAAUUUCGGUUGCAAUUGUAAGCACUACAAGUAUAAGGCAGAUUUAAAGACAAUGGAAACAAUGGCUAAGAAAAGUGGUGGCAAAUUUAAGGAGAUUUGCAGUGCAAUUGUGGAGCUUUUCGAGAAAGGUACGAUGAAGAAAAUCAUUCUUGAGUAUAAAACACCAUUGAGAAAUAUUUUAAAGAUUGAUAUGGAAGGCAAAGUUAGACUAGUUGAUGAAUUAGAUAAGAAUUUGGUUGAUAGCAGAACUUAUAAAUUAUUCGAGAUUCUAAAGGAAUCCUUCAAAAAUCAAGGUUUGACUGCAAUUGAGAAAAAGAAAAUGUCGAUCGAAAAGGACAACUUUUGGUUAGGUGAAUCUCGCCUUAAGCAACUACCACCCUGCAUCGAUCAAGCAAUAGUUGAGGAUUUCUUUGAAAAUACGAUUCUAUCUGUGUCACAACCAAAAGAUGACGAAUUGAGUAACAUCAUAAAUCGGGAAAUGCAAAUUUGGAUGCGCGAAAGAAUACCACCGGAACAUUUCGCCAGGCUAACUUCUGUUCAAUUGGAGCUCCCUUUGAUUAAGUCGGAAGCCAUGUUUCAAGAUUGGGAGCAAAAUAAAACUGAAACCGAAGACAACUCAACCAAACGAAACAAAAGGAAGAAGUUUCUAACUCUGGAAGCUUCCAAAAAUUGGAUAGAAAUCGUCGAACGAGAAUUAAAUGAGUCGAUCAAGCAAAAACCAAAACAAUCCUGUCUCAGUUUAGAAGACAUGGAAAAAUACUACAUCAAUCGAAGAAUUUCCUACUCUCCCUCAGAAAAAGACAACAAAUCAAGCCAAAUCGAGUUCACCAACCUGGUCGACAACACCUUCAUCGACCAACUUUACACCACUUUCAAAGGCCAAAAGUGUUUCAUUCUGGUGGCCGAACCCGGCAUGGGGAAAAGCACCCUCUGGCAGCAUUUGGCAUUUGCUGCGCAGAAAAAGUACCCGGAAAAGAGUGUUUUCCUGCUCUAUUUGAAUAAUAUUCGCGAGAAAAUUGAAUCCGUUGGCAGUCUUGAGGAUGUUUUGCACAUUUUUGAAAAUCAUCUUUCGUCAAAAAAUAGUGAAAAUUUCAAAAAUAAAGACAGUGAGAUUAUUCUGUUUUUGGAUGCAUUUGACGAAUUAGAUACUGAAAAUUUGGAGUUGCUACCGAAAGCAAUCGAUAUUUUGCUUAAAAAGGAAAAUUUAAAGCUACUCAUCAGUAGCAGACAACGCAUGAAAGACACACUAGAAAGAAGAUUAAAAGUUGGGGCAAUGUCGGUGGAACCGUUGAGCUACGAAGAUCAGAAGGCAUUUCUCAAAAAGUAUUGGGACGUUGAGGAAGCAUUUUCCGAGAAAGUUGAUCAAUUCAUUGUACUAUUUCUGAAAACUUUUCAUGAUGGCUUACUUGGAUCACAGUUUGAAUUUCUUGGAACGCCACUUUUGCUGAGAAUGUUGGCGAACAUUCAUUCCAACUUGAUUGAACAGUUGAAAUUUGACGAAUUUAGCUUCACAAACGUUUUCGACAAACAAUCGACUGUCAUUGAUGUUUACGAAAAGUUUGUCACGAAAAGCUUACGCAUGACUUACAAUAAAAUAAACAAUAUACCAACUGAAACGGAAAUCCCUAGAAGGUGCAAACCACUUUUGGAUUAUUGGGAAAACGAGCAUCAACAAAUUGCUGUUAAGGCACUAUUUCCGGAAAAUCUGCUCCCUUCAAUUUGCGGUGCAAAUUUCGAACAAGAAAUUGAAAGAAUUCGCCUAGAAAUCGUAAACAAUGAAGAGGAAUCACUACUGAUUGAAAUUUUCGAAAGGUAUCCGAGAUUUACCCACUUGUCGUACAGUGAAUUUUUGGCGGCUAAAUUUCUCUACAAAUUUAUUGCCAAUCACGAAUAUCAAUCGAUCAAACGAGAAAUUGCAAACUUUUUGAAAAAGCACUCAAGCAAUGUUGUGAAAAUUUUCCUAGUUGAAAUGAUUGAAUCGGAAAUGAGCGAACCACAUUUGGAGUUUAUUUCCACAAUCGGCGAUCAAGCUGCGUUUUGGGCCAUCGAGGCAAAUUGUUUAAAUUUAGUGAAAUAUCUGCAGAAAUUUUACGACUAUGACAAAAUUUGCUACAAUUUUCUGCAAUAUCCGAUGCUUCACAUUGCGGUGCAAUGUAAUGCAAUAAAAAUACUAGAAUAUUUGCUCGAAUGCAAACUCAACCUGGAAGUAAUGAAUUGGAACCGCGAAACUGCACUGCUUUUGGCAUACCAAAACUUGAAAAUCCUCAAAUUGCUGGUUGCCCACGGAGCAAAUCUACACGAGGGGCACGAGUUGGAGGUGCAAAGAAAGAAAAGUUAUUUUGAUAGAAUUCUUGACGACGCAAACGAAUCCUAUUCCGAUCAAAGCUUUGACAACAUAAUUUUACACCGAGCAAUUCAACACGGUUCCAACGAGACCAUCCUGUAUCUUAUCGAUCAAAACGUCAACAUUCACCACCCGGAUGUGGAUGGGCUGACUCCGGUUCAUCAAGCAGCAGUGAAAAACAGGUUGGAUAUUUUGAAAAUUCUAGUUUCCAAAGGAGCACGCCUGAAAGUGUCAACCAGGUUGAAAAAUACAACCCUGCAUUUGGCUGCGGAGAGCGGCUCCAAGGAGGUUGUUAAAUAUCUUUUGAGGCGAAACUUUGACAUGACCAGUAAAAAUAUUUACGGAAAAACGGCGCUUGAUUUGGCGAAAAAGGCAAGUAAGAAGGAAAUUGUGAAAAUUUUAACUUCAAACAAGAAAUCUGGAGAUGAAACCCUGAAUAGCACAUUUGAUAAGUUGAAAAUAUAAGAAAUCACAAAACAAUCAGAUGAUGAAUACUUAAAAAGUUCAAAACAGUAGUUAAAAAAACAUGUUUUUUUUCUGGGUAGUAAGUAUUUAAUAAUUAUUGAUCGCUUUAACUUUUUUUUUUGUGCUUUUUUGUACUGAGAAAUUUUGUCAAAAAAAGUUCAUGUUACUUCAAGAUUUUAAAUUUCACCCCUUUUUGAUUUGAACAAAACUUUGUCAAAAAAGGCAAUUUUGUAUAAGUUGUUGUUUUUUUCCUACAAGGCUUCAAAAAAUUUUGUCGGGUACAUGGGUCAUUCCAAAACUGGAAUGUGAAUAUUCGAAAAUCUGUAAUUAGAGUAGAGAUUGAAUUUUUUAAAUGUCGAGAUUUUUAAAGUUUUUUUUUAUAUCUUUUGCGCUGAAAUCUGGUAACGGAGAUACGAGCUUUCGAAAAAAAAGUUGGUAUUAUCUAACAAAAAUCAAAACCUUCUUUUUUUGCAAAAUAAUUUUUUCCGUCGAAAAUGAUUUUUAACAUUUACCACAUUUAUUUGAUUAACGGCACCCAUUUUCAAGUUAAAGACAUAUGAUUUUAAACCUUAAAAUGGCUUUCGAAAUGUUGGGUGGAAUUUUUUUCAACAACAUUUGAAUGAAAAAUGUGUUUAAGAAUGAAUUAUACACCUAUGCAUCCAGUUAUUUUGCAUUCAUUAGUUUCCAAAAUACCUAAGUAUUGACGAUUUUUUUUUAAACAAAAGUUUUUGCGGUGCUGUACAUUGGAAUUUCACAAAAAAACAAAAUAUUUUCAAUCCAGCCCAAACAUGCUAAAUAUGAUUAUCAAUGCAUAAAAAUAGUUUAAAAUUGUUUUCAGUUGAUUUGACUUCUAUUUCCAUAAAAAAAGUUGUUUGAUAUUUUUUAUGUCCCCUUUGUUAUUGGACCAAUUUCGAAUGGGAGCGACAUCGACUUCGAAAAAUAUUUGCAGUGGCCUAAAUAGUGAAAAAAAAAAUAUUUUUUCCAUUAUAGUUUCAAUCAUAAACCAACUAAAAUAACCUUUUUUUAAACUACAAUUUUUGAAAAAUUACAUUUUUUAUAUGUUUUAGGUGACAAAACAUUGCCAUCUUUUGAGCUAUGGCACAAGAUAGUCAAAAUUCAUUUGACAGAUUUGCGAAAUCUAAAAAAAAUCAUCGGUUCAAAACAAAUUAAUUCAUAUUUUUUUUAAAUGUCAAACCAAAUCUGAAAUCGAAAAGUGCUCAACAUAAAUUUCUAUGUCAUCAAACGUUUUCGAGUUAUAUCCACUUAGGUUUAAAUUUUUGUUGAUAAUGCGGUUAUGACCAAGCUUGACCAUUUCUGAAAACAUGUUUUUCGAAAAGAUGAGAAAACUUAAAAAAUAUUAAAAAUUAAUAAGAGAUAAAAUUGCACAAGAAAAACGAGGAUUUCUCUACAUCACCAAAAAAGCAAUGAGUCUCCCAGUUAUUGAAUUUUUUUUUAUUUCAAAUCCACCCCAACAUUUGGCCUGGUCGAAUCAAAUGUUUGAGGCCCUUUCUAUUUAUUUAUUUUAUUUAUUUGCGUUUAAGGGCCAAAUAAAUAAAAUAAAUAAAUAGAAAGGGCCUUGAACAUUUAAGGCCCUUUCAAUUUUUGGAGAUGAUCAAGCUUAGUCAUGGUUUCUAAAGUUAAAAAAGUCACUUGAAAAUAGAUUGCGAUAUCACAAAGAACUUUUCGAUUGCAAAUCAUUUUAGACUUUAUGCCAAAAAAAACUGUUUAUCAAAAAUUAAGAAUUUUUGGAAAAAUUGCCAACACUGCCACAUUUUUUUUACAAAUUUGUUCAACAGUUUAAAAAAUGCCAUAUUUGUCAUCUAAAACAUAUACUGGAAUGCAACUUUAAAAAAAGAUUAUUUUACGCAAUCCAUUUUCUUGUGUGAAAAGUCGAACUUAAAUAAUGGCUUAUUUUUUGGAGCAUAACUAUUUUUUCUGAAAAGUCUUAUAAGCAAUACCUACAAUUUUGCCGAAGACACUAAUUCGAUCAGAAAAUUCGUUCUAAUGGUACACAUUUUUUAUAUUUUUCUAACCUUUUUGUAUGGACAACUGCCAAAAUUCUAUGAAAACGGAUAUGGAACAAAAAAAAAACAGACAUUAAAUAUCCAAAAACGAUUUCUCGUUCUUGAAUAAAUUAUUACUUUUGUAAAAAAAAUAGGCCGGUGUAGUCUACAUUCAGGCUUUAUCCUGAGCUUCUAAAAGAUUACAAUUUAUUAAUGUUUUAACAUCACCGUUAAAAAAAAUAUGGUAAUAUUACAUCUGGGAAUGGGUACAUCUUUAAUGUCAUGUGGAAUUUUGCCACUUUUCAGAUGUAAUGUCACAUAUUCAGUCUAAAUUGAGGUUAAAU